ACCUGGCUUCCCCUUUAACACUUGAAACUGUCUGUGUUCUAAUAUGACUUUAAAAACUUAAAGCAUUUUUAAAAGUAAAUGUAGAAUUAUUAUUAUUAUUAUUAUUAUUAUUAUUAUUAUUAUUAUUAUUAUUAUUACGCAUGGAAAACCUGGACGAACCGCAGCACCCUUUGCUGGGGGGCAGGCAGAACUGCAAUGGCACUGCACCCAGCGCCGGCCCAGGCAACCUGUUUAAAGCAAUGAGGCGCGACACAGCGCUGCCCCCGGUGGGCUGGCCAGGCUAUGACCCCCCGAGGGAGCUGCCCUCACAGCAGCCGCUGCACCCAGGGUCUCUCCCGCGCACUCUUGAACCCUCCUUCUACCCCCCCACCCCGAUCUGGGGCCCCCAGGACCCCCUGGGACCCCACAAGAAGGAAUAUCUGGAGACAGCCUUCGUGGAGUUGGGCCCCGGUUCAAACGGGGACAGGAAGCGGAUGGAGGAGGGGAGGGAGAGUCAGGACUACAGGACAGAGGAUGAGGAUGACCUGCUCAGCGAUUACGAGGACUCCUCGAGCGACUUCAGCGACACGGACAGCGAGGGGAACUUCUCCAUCCUCCUCCCUCGGGACUACCUGGGACUCACCUUCUUCUCCAUGCUGUGCUGCUUCUGGCCGCUAGGGAUCGCUGCUUUCUACCUGUCGCAGAAGACUAACCGCGCCGCUGUCCUGGGCGAUCUCCCUGGUGCCCGCUCUGCGUCUCGCCAGGCUCUGUGGUUGGCUGUGCUGUCCAUCGUGUUUGGGGUCGUCACUUAUCUCUGCGCUGUCGCCGUGCUCGUCUCCUACCUGUCGGGCAAGCCGCCCUAGAGAGAGGGGGGGGGGCGGGCUGUGUACCAGACUUCCAGACAGCGUUCAUCCCCACUCCCCUCAUCCAACUGCCUGUUCCUUGCCCUUCUCCCCCCCCCUCUUCUCCCCCUCAUCCUUUCCUCCUCUCCUUCCUCUCCCACUUCUUUCCCUUUCCUCUCCCUCCAUCAGGAUUUUCAGUAAUCUCCUUGUGUUUCUGGAUUGCUCUGCUCCGCUUCGAGUCAGAUCACACCAGUACUGGACAAUGGUUUAUCACACUGGGAACCAGUACAGGACAAUGGUUUACCACACUGGAACCAGUUCCGGACAAGAGAGCCUGAGAGAGAGCCUGGGACACAGAGAGAGCCUGACAAACACACAAGCCAAGAGAGACAGCCCGACAGACAGAGAGAGACCCUGACAAAGAGAGAGCCGAGAGACAGACAGACUGAGAGAGAGCCUGAUAGACAGGGUCGGUGCUUAGGGGCGCACACUGAGAACCCCCACCCAAAAAAAAAAUAAAAUACUGCAAGCUGAUCCUGCUGAGCCUGGGACUUGGGGUCCAGACCCAUAAACGAUGCUGCACGGUCCAGCAUGCAGUGUGGAGGGGCUGGGAUACCCAGGGUUCAGUGCAGAUCAGCUCCACAGCGAGGAGCAGGCAAGUCAGGGGACUGUCCAGCCUGAGAGCUUCCAGAUCACUGCACACGGAGACAGCAGUCAACCACUGCCAAAGUCUGCAUGCCAGAAUAUAAAUCACGAUACAACAACGAGAGAGAGAGAGACACGGCGCUCCUACAAUCUGUUUAGACAAUUUUCUGUUUCAAUUGUCACAUACUGGAGACUUAAAAGCAAACCCUGUGACCUCAAUAAAGACCUUAGACUGUCUCCAAGUACAGCAAGAACACUGGUGUAUCUGUUAACCGGUCCCCUCUCUGUAAAACUUUGCUGCCACCUGGUGGACAUAAGAAACACUUUUUUUUUUUUUUUUUUUAUUUAGUAAAUCGCCAAUUAUUUUAUUUUCUCCCCAAUUUGGC